AUGAUACAUUUUAAAAUUUACAAAUUUAAUAAUACUUAUUUUGACGAAUUGGUGAUUAAUUUAGAAUUAAAAAUUUAUUAAAUUGAUAAAAUUAAUAUUAUUUCAUAAUUAAAAAAGCAAAUUAAUUCAAAUAAUAAGUAUUGCUUUUCCUUGAUUAUUUAAUAAUAAAAAAAACAAGAAACUUCACAUUUAAUUAAAUUUAUCUAUUUCUAUUUCAAGUUAAUUAAUCAAAUUAAAAUUACUUCAAUUGAAAGCAAAUACAAUGAAUUUAAAAAUAAAAUAUCAAUAAAAUUAUAGAUUUCAUAAUUUAUUUAUAUAUAAAUUAAUUAAUACUUUAUUAAAUAAAAUAAAAAAAGGAAAAAAAAACAGUAAACAAUUAUGAUCAAAUUUAUAGAUUAUUUUUUAUAUUAUAAAAUUAAAAUUAAAAAUAUUCAUUUAGAAUUUAAGAGUAAACAAAUAAACAUAUUAAAAUAAAUUAAAAACAAUAAAUUAAUUAAUUAAUUAAUUUUUUUAUAAGUAGCUUCUUAGCUACAGAAAAAUAAGCCACUAAUAGCAAAAAUACGGUUAACAGGUUAAGCUUUUUGUGACAUUAUAAAAUCUAUACUUAUAAUAAAUUUUAAAAUGUUUUUUAUUGAUAAUGAGUAUAAUAUACUGAUUGGUCUAUUGACAUAAAAUUAGGUGCAACUCUGA